ACAUGUUGCGUCAAGAGUUCAACAAGGUGUUCCAGCGCUACUCUGGCACGCAAACGGGGGAUGUGUUCUCAGAGGGACUCAAUACCCUUUUUAUUGUGCUUGACUGUUGUGGCGUGCAGCCAAUCUCCACCUUCCGGAAUGACUUCCAGGCUCUGCAGACGGGUUUCUGGAUCAACGUGCAGCAGCGCGGCCCCCAGGUUAUCCCCUACAGUUGUUGUAGGGAGGCAACCCUCGGCACGUACAAGUACGCCAUCACCACGCAGCAGGCGCUCCAAUGUACCGCUGGCCUUCAGCCCGCCUUGUACAGAACAAGAGGCUGCUACGAGACGUUCCGGAAAUUGGCGACGGACAUGUCCACAGGCGCCAUCGUCGUCACUGUCCUCCUCAUCAUAACAGAGAUCCUGGCAAUCAUUUCCGCUGUAAUUAUGAUCCGAGGUAUUGACAGGGACCGGAAGGACUCCCUCGACCCCUCAAACCCAAAAUGGAACCAGCGCCAUGAAAUCGCUCUGCCGGACUCUAAGCCGCGCUAA